AUGGAGCUUUUAGGUUCUAUGUUAACGGCUACUUAUGACCGCCCUCAACCAGCAUCAACCUGUUUUCUCCCAGCCAUUAGUACCCUAACAUCCAGCUAUCGGGACCGCUUUCCCCACUAUAAUUUGACACACAACUUGAGCCUUCCAUGGAGACCAAGCACAUACUACAAAACGGCCUCCAACUACCCAACUUUGGGCCCAUACAGCUCGAGAGCUCAGAGAGUGUGUGAGAGCACUAUGCUCCCCUUCGUGUCCAACAGAACCACCCUCUUCACAAGGUAUACUGCUGAUGAUUGGUAUCGGUCUAGUUUAGUCAGCCUCCAAGAAUCUAACAGCUCACGGCAUAAUUCCGAGAGACUUCGAGUGGACACAUCUCGCCUCAUUCAAGACAAAUACCAGCAAAUCCGGAAAACCCAGGCUGACUCUACCCAAAAUUUGGGAGAACGAGUCAAUGACAUAGCAUUCUGGAAAUCUGAAAUUAUACAUGAGUUGGAUGAAAUGAUUGGAGAGACAAAUGCACUUACUGAUACUAAGAAAAGGCUGGAGAGGGCUUUGAUAGAGGCUGAAGCCCCUCUGCAGAUUACCCGAGAAUGUCUCUUUCACCGGGAGAAGAGAGUGGGAAUCGACCUAGUUCAUGAUGAAGCUGAAAAAGAACUAAUGACGGAAAUUGACGUCAUUCUGUGUGGUCAAGAAAGAAUGAGGCGGUAUCUGGACAAGGCAAUUGCCCAACUCGCCUCAGACAGAGCUGCACAGCAUGAGCUAGAGAGGGACUUGAGUGACAAACAGACAGCCUUUCGGAUUGAUGAUAAAUGCAAGGACCUGCGGAACACUUCGGAGGGUGUCAGCUACUUCCGGGGAGUGGAGAAAGUUGAUGCAACGGUGUCAGUGCCCGAGUCAUGGGCCAAGUUUACAGAUGACAAUAUUCUCCGCUCCCAGAGUGAGAGGGCAGCCUCCAGGAAGCUGAGAGAUGACACUGAGAACCUUCUGGUGGUGACAGCCAAUGAGAUGUGGAAUCAGUUCAACAAAGUGAACUUGGCUUUCACCAAUCGCAUUGCAGAGACUGCAGACGCAAAGAAUAAGAUCCACAUUCACUUAUCAAAGACCCUGCAGGAGAUCUUCCAGACUGAAAUGUCCAUAGAAUCCAUCAGAAAGGCCAUCAAGGAAAAGUCUGCCUUCCUAAAGGUGGCUCAGACCCGGCUGGAUGAGCGGACAAGAAGACCGAACAUAGAGCUGUGCAGGGACAUGGCUCAGUUAGGCCUUGUUAACGAGAUCUAUGAGGUGGACGAAACCAUCCAGACUCUACAGAAGCGCUUGAGGGAUUCGGAGGACACCCUGCAGGCCUUGGUCCAUUGCAAAGCUACCCUGGAGCAUGAAUUGGCUGUGAAAGCCAACACCCUGUACAUAGACCAGGAAAAAUGCAUGAGCAUGCGCAAAAGCUACCCCAACACCCUCCGGCUGGUUGGCUUCUGUUAGGGCCCCCGGAAGUGUGGUUUUCUAACUUCUAAAAAAUGGUAGGAGCAAAGAUACC